AUGGAUAUGGAUAUGGGUACGAUGUCUAUGACCCCGUCCACGACGGCGGUUGGUGCGGCCCAAACCACAACCUCCAGCUUGAUGGCUUCCAGCACUGCCAUGUCUGGCAUGGACAUGGCGGACAGCUGCAAAAUCUCUUCGACUCUUGUCCGUUUCAUCUCGCGCACAUGGCACAUCAAAUCAAAAGGGAUGUUCGCCGGCGCCUGCAUCGGUGUCAUUCUCCUCGUCAUGUCCCUCGAAUUCCUACGCCGUCUCUCCAAGGAAUACGACCGCUACAUCCUCCGAAAAUUCCAGAAAGCACAGCCAUAUCUAUCUGUGCCUGGGCUUCCACAUGGCAAGGCUGCUGCUGCUGCUUGCAAAAGCUCCAAUCCUCAGCCUUCCAGUCUCGAGAACUUUACGGCGGUGUCGGUAGUAUCAUUCCGUCCGGGAGUUUUCCAGCAGGCUAUUCGGGCGACGCUUCAUAUGUUGCAGUUUGCUGUGGCUUAUUUUAUAAUGCUGCUGGCAAUGUAUUAUAAUGGGUAUAUCAUUAUUUCUAUUAUAAUCGGGGCGUGGCUUGGUGGGUUUGUAUUUAGCUGGGAAGCUAUCAAUACGAGCGGCCCGCAAGAAGAAGCUACUGUGUGUUGUGGGUGA